GCACAUAGUUGUCUAGUGGUUGGCAGGAGUACCGAGCAGUCAUGUCUCCGAUUUUCGUCUGUUUUUUCGGGUUGGCCGUUUCGGCCGUUUGGUCCGCAUAUACGUACGACAUCGAAGACGCUGAAUACCACUUCGAAGAAUUCAUUGAAAAGUUCGGAAAGGAAUACGAAAAUGAAAAUGAGAAACAAUACAGAUUCAAAAUUUUCGUUGAAAAUUUGAAGAAAGUUAACGAACUGAACAAAGAAUGCGAUCAUGGUGUCCAUGGUAUAACACAAUUCAUGGACUUGGGUGUGGAAGAGUUUACCGCAGCAUAUACAGGUGUUCGUCUGGACUUUGAAUCUGGCUGCGAUUAUGCACCUGAUGAUUACAUUCAGGGUAAUGAUGCGCCGGAGUCGUUCGACUGGCGUGAUCAUGGAGUAGUAUCAUCAGUUAAGGACCAGGCUGCUUGUGGCAGUUGCUAUGCAUUCAGUGCAGUUGGUAAUAUUGAAGGUCAGUACGCCAUGAAAUAUAAAGAAGUCGUCGACUUGUCUCCGCAACAAAUUGUAGACUGCGACUAUGAAAACAGCGGGUGCGAUGGAGGAUUAAUGAGCUAUGCCUUUCGGACUAUAAAGAAAGUAGGAGGUAUCGAAACUGAAGCCGACUAUCCAUACCAACAAAGCGAAUCGGAUUCUUGUCAGUUUGAUGUCAGUAAAGUUAAGGCAAAAUUGUCAGAUUGUGUUGCUUUCAACUUGACCUCUCAAGAGCAGCUGAAGCAACUGUUGUACAAAACUGGACCCAUCGCUAUCGCUAUCCAAGCCACGGGUUUGCAAACUUACACUGGUGGAAUCUUCCAUGAUGAAGAUUGUGACAAAGGUUACAUCAACCAUGGAGUCCUACUUGUGGGUUAUGGCGUAGAGAAAGAUCAACCUUUUUGGAUCGUCAAGAAUUCUUGGGGCGACAAGUGGGGUGAAAAGGGUUAUUUCAGAGUGGUCAGAGGUGACAACUUGAACUCUUGCAAGAUGCUGAACGAUGCGAUGUGUUCUGCUAUCGUCGCGUAAUGCUAACCAGAAAUGAUUUGUAUGUUUUAACAUAAUUAUUAUCAUAUUCACUUAUAAUACUUAUAAAUAAAAGAUAUUGCAAUUA